UUUCUGCUUUCUUCUGUACCUGAGCUGAAGCAGUGGGCACCCCUUUCAAGCUGUUGUGUCUCCGCUUUGAUUUGCAGUUUUUGCUGAGGAAAAGUCACCUCUAAGUCUUGGAAGAACACAGAAAAUGGCCUUUCACACAUGGCCCUCAAACAGACUCCUCUUCCUCUUGCUCUUCCUGUUUUCCAAGCUGCUGUCAGCCAGAUGGUUUCCUAAAAGUUUACCCUGUGAUGUGAAAGUAGAAGCUUCAAAAGCCAAUAUAAUAGUGGACUGCAGUGAUCGUCGCCUGACCGAAAUUCCACAUGGGAUUCCUCGUAACACCACCAACCUGACUCUCACCAUUAACCAUAUUCCAAACAUUUACCCAACAUCCUUUGUCCAUCUUGAUAAUCUUGUGGAGAUUGAUUUCAGGUGCAACUGUGUGCCUGUUCGACUGGGGCCUAAGGAUCAUGUGUGCACCAGGAGACUGCAGAUCCAGAACAGUAGCUUUGCCACUCUCACAAAGUUAGAGUCAUUGUACUUGGAUGGAAAUCAGCUAUCAGAAAUACCUCGGGGUCUUCCUCCUAAUUUACACCUGCUGAGCCUUGAAGCAAACAGCAUUUUUUCCAUUACAAAAGAGAAUUUGUCAGAACUUGGAAACGUAGAAAUGUUGUACCUGGGACAGAACUGCUAUUACCGUAAUCCAUGCAAUGUUUCAUUUGAAAUUGAAGAAGCAGCCUUCCAGGACUUGAGAAAUUUAACCGUAUUGUCCCUGAAAUCCAAUAAUUUAACCUACAUUCCACAUAAUUUGUCAUCCACUUUAAAGGAACUGUACCUUUACAAUAACAUGAUUCAAAAAGUUCAGGAACAUGAUUUAAAUGACCUUUACAAUUUGGAAAUUCUUGAUUUAAGUGGCAACUGCCCUCGCUGUUACAAUGUCCCAUUUCCAUGUACUCCGUGCCCUAAUAAUGCCCCAAUUUGGAUCCAUCACAAGGCCUUUGAUGCCUUAAAGCAAUUAAAAAUUCUGCGCCUUCACAGUAACUCCCUUCACAAUGUACCCAGUAGCUGGUUUAAGAACACCAAGAAUCUCAAAGUGCUUGACCUUUCCCAAAAUUUCCUGGCCAAAGAAAUUGGAGAAGCUUGUUUUUUAAACUUUAUCCCCAACCUCGUAGAGCUGGAUCUCUCCUUUAAUUUUGAACUUCAGGUCUAUUCUUCAUUUUUGAACCUGUCUAAGACAUUUUCCUCCCUCUCACACCUAGAAAUCUUGAGGGUUAAGGGUUAUGUUUUCAGAGAAUUGAGUCAAGAAAACCUACGUCCAUUGCUUCGUCUUAGAAAUUUGACAGUCUUGGACCUGGGAACUAAUUUUAUCAAACUUGCUAACUUGAGUAUGUUUAAAAAAUUCCCAUCUCUUAAAAUGAUAGACCUCUCAGUAAAUAAAAUAUCUCCUUCUUCAGGUGAAUUCAAUAAUCAUGGUUUUUGUUCUAUACCCAUGGCUUCAGUAGAUCAAUACAAAAGCCGAAUGGUGCAGGAAAUGCAUUAUUUCAGGUAUGAUGAGUAUGGACGAAGUUGUAAAUCCAAAGACAAAGAGGCUGCUUCCUUCCAACCUUCUGUCAAUGAGGACUGCCUCAGUUAUGGGAAAACCCUGGAUCUAAGCAGAAACAACAUAUUUUUUAUCAACCCCUCUGACUUUCAGCAUCUCACUUUCCUCAAAUGCCUCAACUUGUCAGGUAAUGCUAUCAGCCAGACUUUGAAUGGAAGUGAGUUCUACCCUCUGUCUGGACUGAAAUAUCUGGAUUUUUCUAACAAUCGGAUUGAUUUGCUGUACUCGACUGCCUUCCAGGAACUAAAAGAUCUGGAAAUUCUAGACCUGAGCGAUAACAAACAUUAUUUUCUGGCAGAAGGUAUUACUCACAAGCUUGAUUUUACAAAGAAUUUGACCUUUCUGAAGAAGCUGAUGAUGAAUGGGAAUGAAAUUUCCACUUCUACUAAUAUGGGGAUGGAAAGUCAUUCUCUUCAGAUUUUGGAAUUCAAAGGAAAUCACUUAGAUGUUUUAUGGAGGGAUGGGGAUACUAGAUACUUGUCAUUUUUCAAGAAUCUGACUAACCUAGAGCACCUGGACAUUUCCUACAACUCUCUGAGUUUUUUGCCUCCCGGUGCUUUUGAAGGCAUGCCUCCACGGCUCAAGGUACUCAGCUUAACCAAUAAUAUGCUGAAGUCUUUCAAUUGGGGGAAACUCCCCUGUUUGGAAAAACUAGAAACCUUGGAUCUUAGCAACAAUCUGUUGAGUACCGUCCCCUUGGAGCUGUCCAAUUGCUCUGCAACCCUCCACAAACUGAUACUAAAGAACAAUAGGAUCAGAUGGCUGACUAAGUACUUUCUCAGAGAUGCUUUCCAGUUAAAAUACUUGGACCUCAGCUCAAACAAAAUCCAAAUAAUUAAGAAAUCUAGCUUCCCAGAGAAUGUUAUCAGCAAUCUGGAGAUGUUGCUUUUACAUGGCAACCCUUUCAAGUGCAUUUGUGAUGCUGUGUGGUUUGUUUGGUGGAUCAACCAGACUGAGGUUACGAUUCCCCUGCUGGCCACAGAUGUGACCUGUGCAGGCCCAGGAGCACAAAAAGGUAAGAGUGUGAUUUUAUUGGAUCUGUAUUCCUGCGAAUUGGACUCCUCUCAUGUGAUCCUGUUCUCUGUGUCGGCAUCAGCUAUCCUGUGUCUGAUUGUGUUCACAGUUACAAGUCACCUCUAUUUCUGGGAUGUGUGGUAUAGUUAUCAUUUCUGCACUGCCAAGAUAAAGGGCUAUCGGCGUUUACAUUCACCAGAGACUUGCUAUGAUGCUUUUAUUUCCUACGAUAACGAAGAUCCAGCUGUAACUGAAUGGAUCUUGAAAGAACUAGUUGAAAACCUGGAAGAUCAAAAAGAUAAACAGUUCAAUUUAUGUUUGGAAGAAAGAGAUUGGCUGCCGGGGCAACCAGUUUUAGACAACCUUUCCCAGAGCAUACAACUGAGCCGAAAAACCAUAUUUGUGCUGACUAACAAGUACACAACAAGUGGCAUCUUUAAGACAGCAUUUUAUAUGGCACACCAGAGACUUAUGGAUGAAAAAGUGGAUGUGAUUAUCUUGAUAUUUCUUGAGAGAGUUCUGAAGAAGUCCAGGUACCUCCGGCUGAGGAAGAGGCUGUGCAGUAGCUCUGUCCUAGAGUGGCCAACCAAUCCUCGGUCCCAGUGUUACUUCUGGCAGUGUCUGAAAAAUGCAAUAGCGACAAACAAUGACAUGACCUACAACAAACUGUUCCGAGAAACUGUGUAGCUCUCCUACACCCUGUAAAAUCUUAGUAUGAUACUGAGUAGACUGGGUGACAAUGAAACUCAAAUUUUAUUUGAAGAAGGUUUCAAAGCAUGGGAGACAAUUUAAGCCUGACAUUAUAUCAAAAGUUAUAUGCCACAACUAAUAUUGCAAAGACAAUAUUUUACUUGUCUCCCUGCAACAUGAUAGCCUUACAUUUAACCACCAGUUGCCAACCAGGCUGUUUCAAUGACGUGCACUUUACCUGGGACUUACUGCUACACAUAGAAAUAAAAUGCACUACCAGCUGGAAGACUCAGGUUUGGAACAGAGUCAUAGCUUCCAGUUUUCAGUUCAGUGGAGGCUACGAGCAUCUCAUGUAGGUUGGCUCAAAUACCUCUGAGACCACUUACUUGUGGUACUGUAUUACAUGGACUACUAAGAGGGGUUUAGCUGUGCUUGAAACUGCUGCUCUUUGGAUCAUUGUUAGAUUAAAUAGUAUUCUCACAUAAAACUAUA